CGGUUAGCCUGUUAGCUCGCGGAGCUCCCGGUGUGUCGGUGAGUCGGUGUCCGGUAAAUCCUCCGCGGAGGCUCGGCUGCAGGUAGAAACACCGCGAGGGGCAGAGCGACGCCUCGGGCGGGCGGGGACCCGCACACUGCGCUGUUAAAGCGGGUAUUUAAGUAGUUUUCAGCGGCUCCGUGUGAGCGGGGGUCGGGUCGUGUCUCCCCCGGUGAGGGCAGCUGUCCGUCGGUUACCGUCAGAGACGAUUUGAAGGUCAAGUCAUGGCGGCUCCAGUAAACAUCCAGACUCCCAGUAAGACCUGGGAGCUGAGUCUGUACGAGCUUCACAGGAGUCCUCAGGAGGCGAUCAUGGAUGGGACGGAGGUGGCGGUGUCUCCUCGCUCUCUGCACAGCGAGCUCAUGUGUCCCAUCUGUCUGGACAUGCUGAAGAACACCAUGACGACCAAAGAGUGUCUGCACCGCUUCUGCUCCGACUGCAUCGUCACGGCGCUGCGAUCAGGGAACAAAGAGUGUCCGACCUGCAGGAAGAAGCUCGUCUCCCGGCGUUCGCUGCGCAGAGACUCGAACUUCGACGCGCUGAUCUCGAAGAUCUACCCGAGCCGGGACGAGUACGAGGCCCACCAGCGCCGCGUCCUGGAGCGACUCAACAGGCUGCACAACAAGGAGGCGCUGAGCUCGAGCAUCGAGGAGGGGCUCCGACAGCAAGCCCGCUACAGGUCCGAGAGGAACCACCGGGCGAAAAAGCCGACGCAGGAGAGCGACAACACCACCUUCAGCGGCGGGGAAGACAAUGGCGACACCCGCUCGCACCUGUCUCAUGACUCCGCCCCCUCACACGCCCCUCACCCACCUGGUCAGACCCCCUCGGAGGCCGGGCCGAGCCGCAAGCGUCCGCGGGCGUCGGACGACGGCUCGGGGGGCGAGGCAGACAGCGGCAGCCCCACCCCUCCGCUGAGACGCCACAAAGAGGGACCGGGCUCCGAGAUCGAGCUGGUGUUCAGACCACACCCACAGCUGGUCCACGCCCAGGACUACAACCAGACCAGAUACGUGAAGACAACGGCCAACGCCACAGUGGACCACCUGUCCAAAUACCUGGCCCUGCGCAUCGCGCUGGAGGACGGACAGACUAACGGAGAGACGGAGGAGGGAGGAGGAGGAGAAAGAGGAGCAGCAGCAGGUGGUGGAGGAGGAGGGAGCGAAGAAACGUCAGGAAACGGAGAAGGAUCGAGUCUGACCAACAUCAGCGAGAAACAGUACACCAUCUACAUCAUGACGAGAGGAGGACAGUUCUCUACGCUGAACGGAUCUCUGACUCUGGAGCUCGUCAACGAGAAGUACUGGAAGGUCCGGAAGCCUCUGGAGCUUUACUACGCCCCCACCAAGGACCAACAACAACAACAACCGCCACCACAGCAGAAGUCUCCUCCACCUCCUCCUCCACCACCACCUCCUCCUGCUGCUCCACAGAGGGAGGCAUGAGGCGGAGCGUCCUCGGAGAGAAGGUGGAGGUUUGGUCUCCACGGUUUCACACAUUAUUAUUUCAUGUAUCUUCAUUUAAACGUGUUCUGGCAUUAAGACGUCUCGCUUGGUUUCAGCUGAUCGGCCUGCAGACAGACUCCCUGAGCGAUGGACCAAAGUGGAUCACUUGUUUUUCCUUCAGUUUCCUCCUGACGUGAAGCGUCUGCAGCUCGUUAGCUUUACACUUUAAUUCUCUUAAUAAUUAACAAACACGAAGCUGCGCAAAGGCUCCUGUUACUGCGGCAACCACCUUAAGUUUUAUUUAUUCCUCCAUCACAGCAGCUGAACGGAAACUCACAAACCUGUUAAAUGUAACUUGAUAAAUCCUUCAUCAGUUUCUGCUGUGCAGCCGAGACACGAGAACAAAAACUCAGACGGAAGAUUUUGGAUUUUAAUCGUCCGUCUAUUACAGGACAUUAAAGUUUGAAUUUUCACAUUUUGUGCAGAAGAAUUUUUUAUAAAUCAAAAUGAGACAAAGCCAGAUGUUUGAUUCUUCUCUGAAGUUAUCUUUAGUCAUGAAUCAGAUUCAGUUUGUUUUUCUUAAACGGACGCCUUCAAAGUGUUACCUGCUCACAAACUGACCAAUCACAUCGAGCCUUCAGACUGAACCCGCUCGACUCGAGCUUCUGUAGACAGAAAUAAUCUGUUUCUCUCAUUUCAGUAAAAACUUCAGUUUGAAUUUAAAAUAUUUAUGAAGUCUUUGUAUAAUUUAAUUUUUAGAACUUCAGUGAAGCUGUUUAAAGAACUCUGCAUCAUCUUCUGCUCGUUCAGGUUUUACGUUAACGAGAUCUUUCUAACAUGAGCUACAGUCAGCUCACAUUUCAUCUUCAGAUGUAGCUGUCGCCUCCACCUCUCAAACCUCCGUCAGGCUCACUUCUGUCUUUAUGCACUUUAUAUUUCCUGCAGCCAUGUUUUCUGACUUUACCUCAGUUUUUAUGAAAUAUUUGUAUAUUAAGAAAAAUGCUUCUGUUGUGAUCACACUUCAAACUUCUGUCAGCGAUGCAGCACAAUAAACUCAAUAAUCUCAA